AUUUAUAUUUGUUAUAUGUUUUAUGUAUUAUAUAUUUUUAGGUUUUACCAGAUCAGGACAGCAUUGAGAACUCCACCAAAAGUGCCAUCUAAAAUUGAGAUUACACUACAGAAGUCCCAAGAUUACGCAGAAAAACAAUUAAAUCGGAAAAAGAAAGGUGAUGACAACGAAAUUCCCGCACAUGUGAUAAAUGAUUGGGCCGUCAGUCGGACAUUCCAGAUACUGUACCGUAGUGAAGAUAUUGCCAUUAAUGAUGUGAUAUUAUACAGGUUCCAUACACUGGUCAACAGUGCUCAUUUAGAAGAUGAAAUAUCCAAGUUAGAGAUACAGCUGAUGGUGGAACUGUGGUUCUCAGAGGAACAAAAUGGGACAGGAGCGGUGCUUGCAAAGGCUGAAUGUGCCAGUCAGAGGCAGUUAAACCUUCAUAUCAACCCAACUAAAGGUUUACACCAUCAUGUACCACUACUGUUUGAUUACUUCCAUUUAUGUUGUGUAGAACUGACUGUACAUGGUACACUUAUUGCCAUACAUCAACCUUUUCUUAGUGUACCUAAGCAGCCGAAAACAGCUUGGUCAAGCAGAAAUCCAGAGUUAUCUACCAUAGAGACUGUGUAUUUUGGUGACAGACAAAUCUCUAGUGACCCAGAGAAAUGUUUGCCCAUCAAUUUACAUGCAGCUUGGCAGAUGCACCAUAGAAUAUGUAACUUACUGUUAUCAGCAUAUGAAAGUCUCCAAAGUACCUUUGAGUAUUACCUCAGUGAUAUUUGCGGAUCUCACUCCAAACUUGAACAUAUAGACUGUCACCAGAAACUACAGAAGAUUAUGGACAGUAUAAGACUGAUAGAUAAUGAGGAAGAUCUGAUACAAAAUGGAACAAGGGACAUAACUCAGUUGUGUGCUGCUAAUGUGAUACUAUGGACCCAGUUUUUAGAGACUGUUACACUUGAUCAGGGCAUUAUUUUCCAUCUAGCCAAAGAGCAUCACAGUAUACGGGUGAAGAGACUAGCUGAAGGAUUCUUUAUGCAUGAAUAUCCAAAGAAUGAAUGUUUAUCGUGUUAUGAACCUAGUUACCAUGGACACAGUGAUUUAGCUGCAAUGGUACGUAGUUCGAUGUAUCUACAGAUGCUACCACCACUUGACCUGGAAUGUUUGGAACUGGAUGGUGAUCUAUUAUCUAAAAAUUUGGUUGGUUGUUGA